UUGCAUUAAUUGACAAUAAUGUUCAAAUAGCUGGGAAUGAGACCUAUACUGAUGGCAGCAAUGGUAGGCAAUCUUCAAAUGGUCCAGUUGCUAGUGGAGGCCGGAUGUAACUGUAGAGCUGUUAAUAAAAAACACUACAAUGUUUUGCAUUGUGCUGUAAAACAUGACCAAACAGACAUUACUAUGUAUUUACUCGAAAAUGUUGAGGACCUGGACAUUAAUGCAAUUGACAAAUUGGGUCAAACGAGCUUACAAAUGGCAUCAAUUAAUAACAACCUGGAAAUCGUGCAAAAACUCAUUUCAUGCGGAGCUGAACUCAAUAUUAAAGAUAAACAAGGGAGAAGUGCUGGUCAUUGGGCGGCAUUCAAAGGACACGACGAGAUACUCACGGCUCUCAUCAAAGCUGGCAUUGAGAUCGACGACAGGGAUGGCGAUGGCAAGACUGCCCUCCAUUUGGCGGCUGAAUAUGGCUUCAAAGAUGCUUCAAAUACAUUGAUACAACAUAACUGUGAUAUUUUUGCAACUGAUUCGAAAGGACGGUCAGCCCUAAUGAUCGGUGCAGCCCUGGGCUAUGUCGAUGUGGUCGCCCUUCUGGUCUCAUACGGAGCUGUUCUCAACAGUAAAGAUAAGAACGGAAACACCGCCCUUCACUUAUGUGUUGUGGGAAAUCAUGUUAAAAUGACACAAUUUCUGAUAGAAAAGGGGGCAGAAAUAGAUUCACUAAAUAAUCGAAAUCAGACACCAUUAGUGGUAUCGGCAGAGUUAGGGCAUACAGAAGUGGCUGAAGUGCUGAUCAGAAACGGAGCUGAUCUACAGGUGCAGGAAAAGAGCGGAAGGACUGCCCUUUACGUGGCCUCCAGAGGAAGUUUUCAGGCGAUCGUCGAUAUGUUGAUUAGGGCUGAGAGGGAGAAGACAUUUAGGUUUAAGCCAACCAAAGAUGGAUUCGUACGAAACGCACGCAAAGAGACGUUUGAAUCGGACGAUUGCAAUGACAUCGACUCCAUUAACCAUUGCGAACACGAAAUCAAUCAAAACAUAUCAUUAAAUCAAUUGAAGAAAAUUCUGUGGAAUUUAUCACGAAAUCACUUAGAAAUGAAUGACUGGAAAAGAUUGGCUCGUUUUUGGGACUUUACUGACGAACAGAUCAAAGCCAUUGAACACCAGUACACUGGAAAGACCAGCUAUAAGGAGCAUAGCUAUCGGAUGAUGAUUAUAUGGCUCCACUCACUGCCCCCCUCUAAGAACCCAUUCAACGAGCUCUACGACGCCCUCAUUGCCAUCAAUAGGAAAGAAAUUGCCGAGAAAGUGCGGAAGAAAGCAGAGGAGGGAAACAUAUUUCGGUCGCAACGCUUCGGGUGUCAGUGUUUGCCCGGAAUCCCGGCCUCCCUUUGCCACUACUGUUGCAUAUCUUAGAAACUAAUUGUCAUUACUAUUACCGGUAAUACAUUACUCCAAC